GUUUAGUGUCUAUUUCACUCUGUACCACACAAAAUAAAUUCCUAGCACUAUGCUUGCUCUAAGGAACUCCUUUCUCCACAAUCUUAAAACUAUUCAGUAUAAACAGACGAGGAAUUUUGGGGUGGGGAGGACAUGUCUAGGAUCUGUGAACCUGAAGGGACGCAGUCUUCUAACACUGAAAGACUUCAACCCAGAUGAGAUCAAGCACAUCCUGUGGGUGUCUGCAGACCUGAAGCAUCGAUUCAAGCAUGAUAGACAGAUGCCCCCUCUUCUUCAAGGCAAAUCUAUCGCUAUGAUAUUCGAGAAGAGGAGCACUAGGACCCGCAUGUCUACAGAAACAGGUUUCGCUCUGCUGGGUGGUCAUCCAUGUUUCCUCACCUCUAAGGAUAUUCACCUGGGUGUAAAUGAGAGCACAAAAGACACAGCCAGAGUGCUCUCAAGUCUGACUGAUAUUGUGUUAGCCCGGGUGUACAGUCACUCUACUUUGGAGCAGUUGGAUAAGGAAGCCUCUAUACCAAUUAUCAACGGCCUCUCUGAUCUUUACCAUCCUAUACAGAUACUAGCUGAUCUGCUCACACUGCAGGAGCAUUAUGGUUCUUUGAAGGGCCUGACAGUGUCUUGGAUAGGUGAUGGUACCAAUGUCCUCCACUCCCUCAUGAUGUCAUUGGCCAAAUUGGGUGUCAAUCUGAGAAUAGCCACUCCAAAGGGUUAUGAGCCAGGUGCUAAUAUCACUCAGGAGGCACUGCGUCUCUCUAAACAGUUUGGGACAGAUUUGCAGUUGUUCUCAGAACCACUGGAGGCAGCUGAGGGUAGUAAUGUGCUGGUGACAGACACAUGGAUUGGCAUGGGCCUAGAAGAUGAGAAGAAUAAGAGGCUGAAAGAUUUCCAUGGCUACCAGGUCACCAUGCAGACAGGAAGUGUAGCUGCUCCAGACUGGACAUUUAUGCACAGUCUUCCACGAAAAUCAGAGGAGGUGGAUGAUGAGCUUUUCUACUCACCACGUACUCUGUCAUUCAGAGAGGCUGAAAACCGCAAAUGGACCAUUAUGGGGUUGAUGGUCUGCAUCUUGACUGACUACAGUCCUCAGAUCCCCAAACUGAAACUGUAACAUUUGAGAAUAUAACUGAACUCCAGAGCAUGUAAAUAACAUUUUAGUCAAGAAGUCAAGAAUUCUCUCUCUUCAUGUUCUCUAAUCUAAUCAGGAAUUUGAAUUUAUA